AAGAGGUCCACAUAAGAGGCAGCCCUCUGCAGCCUGGCUCACUCCUGCUGCCCCUGCCCCUGCCCCUCACCUCCCUCACUCCCUCCACCUUAGUCCUCCACUAUGGGACCUGCUUCAGGGCCCCAGCGGCUGCUGCUGCUGCUGCUGGCCAGCUCCCCCCUGGCUCUGGGGAGUCUCAUGUAUUCCAUCAUCACCCCCAAUGUCCUGAGGCUGGAGAGCGAAGAGACCAUCGUGCUGGAGGCCCAUGAGGCACAGAAGGACGUUCCAGUCUCAGUUUCUGUGCACGAUUUCCCAAAGAAGCAGGUGCUGACCAGCGAGAAGACAGUGCUAACAGGCGCCACUAGACACCUGGGCACCGUCACAAUCAAGAUUCCCGCCAGUAAGGAGUUCCAGACAAAUAAAGGGCAAAAGUAUGUGACAGUGGUGGCAAGCUUCGGGCAAACGGUGGUGGAGAAAGUAGUGCUGGUGAGCGUCCAGAGUGGGUACCUCUUCAUCCAGACAGACAAGACCAUCUACACCCCAGGCUCCACGGUCCUCUAUCGGAUCUUCACCGUAGACGACGAGCUACUGCCCGUGGCCAGGACGGUUGUCAUCACCAUUGAGACCCCUGAUGGUGUGCCCAUCAAGAGAGACACUCUGUCUUCCCAAAACCAGUAUGGCAUCUUACCCUUCUCUUGGAACAUUCCAGAACUGGUCAACAUGGGACAGUGGAAGAUCCGAGCCUUCUACGAGCAUGCACCACAGCAGACCUUCACCGCACAGUUUGAGGUGAAGGAGUAUGUGCUGCCCAGUUUCGAGGUCCUGGUGAACCUUGAAAAGCCAUUUUAUUACAUCGACGACCCAAAGGGCCUGGAAGUUUCCAUCUCGGCCAGGUUCCUGUAUGGGAAGAACGUGGACGGGAUGGCCUUCGUGAUCUUUGGGGUCCAGGAUGGCGACAAGAAGUUUUCUCUGUCCCAAUCCCUCCAGCGCGUGGUGAUCGAUAACGGUUGGGGGGAGGCAGUGCUCCAACGACAGACACUGCUGGAUGGGGUACGGCCCUCCAACGCUGAUGCCCUGGUGGGGAAGUCCCUGUAUGUCUCAGUCACUGUCAUCCUGAACUCAGGUAGUGACAUGGUGGAGGCAGAGCGCAGUGGGAUCGCGAUUGUCACCUCCCCAUACCAGAUCCACUUCACCAAGACACCCAAAUUCUUCAAGCCAGCCAUGCCCUUCGACAUCAAGGUGUUUGUGACCAACCCUGAUGGCUCUCCAGCCCCCCGAGUGCCCGUCGUCAUUGAAGGAUCUGACUCACAGGCUGUCACCCAAGAUGAUGGUGUGGCCAGGCUGAAUGUCAACACGCCCAAUAACCGCAAUAGACUGACCAUCACAGUGCGCACUAAGGACAAUGGUAUCCUGGAUACACGACAAGCAACCAACACCAUGACGGCACAGCCCUAUGGCACUAUGCACAACUCCAACAACUACCUGCAUCUGGCAGUGUCUCGUGAAGAGCUCAAACCAGGGGACAACCUCAAAGUCAGCUUCCACCUUCGCACAGACCCCGGCCAAGAAGCCAAGAUCCGCUACUACACCUACCUGAUUAUGAACAAAGGGAAGCUACUGAAGGCAGGCCGCCAGGUUCGGGAGCCUGGCCAGGACCUGGUGGUCUUGGCCCUGCCUAUCACCCCAGAUUUCAUUCCUUCCUUCCGCCUGGUGGCUUACUACACCCUGAUUGGAGCCAAUGGCCAGAGGGAGGUGGUGGCAGACUCUGUGUGGGUGGAUGUAAAGGAUUCCUCCUAUGCUCUCCUGAUGACUAAGGCUGACACCAGGUCCGGGCCUCCCACAGCGGGUCAGUACACGGACAAGGGUCUGCGGAAGUGUUGUGAGGAUGGCAUGCGCGAUAUCCCGAUGAGGUUUUCCUGCCAGCGCCGGGCACGCUUCAUCAGCAAGGGGGAGAGCUGUGUGAAGGCUUUUAUAGACUGCUGCAACUACAUCACCGCGCUUCGUCAGAAGCACCAGCGAGACCAAGUGCUGGGCCUGGCCAGGAGUGACAUGGAUGAAGACAUAAUGCCUGAAGAAGAUAUCGUCUCCCGAAGCCAGUUUCCAGAGAGCUGGUUGUGGACCAUAGAGGAGUUGAAGGAACCAGAAAAGAAUGGAAUCUCCACGAAGGUCAUGAACAUCUUUCUCAAAGACUCCAUCACCACCUGGGAGAUUCUGGCAGUGAGCUUGUCAGAUAAGAAAGGGAUCUGUGUGGCGGACCCCUAUGAGAUCACAGUGAUGCAGGAUUUCUUCAUCGACCUGAGGCUGCCCUACUCCGUGGUGCGCAACGAGCAGGUGGAGAUCAGAGCUGUGCUCUUCAACUACCGUGAAAAGGACAAGCUUAAGGUGAGGGUAGAACUGUUGUACAACCCAGCCUUCUGCAGCCUGGCCACCGCCAAGAAACGCUACUACCAGAUGGUUGAAAUCCCUCCCAAGUCCUCCGUGGCAGUGCCUUACGUCAUUGUCCCCUUGAAGAUUGGCCUCCAGGAGGUGGAGGUCAAGGCUGCUGUUUUUGGCCAGUUCAUCAGUGAUGGUGUCAAGAAGACCCUGAAGGUCGUGCCAGAAGGCAUACGAGUCAACAAGACUGUGAUCACCCGUACACUGAAUCCAGAGAAGCUUGGCAAAGAGGGCGUGCAGAGGGAGGAUGUGCCCGCUGCAGACCUCAGUGACCAAGUGCCGGACACGGACUCUGAGACCAGAAUUCUCCUGCAAGGGACCCCAGUGGCUCAGAUGGUCGAGGACGCCGUGGACGCUGAGCGGCUGAAACACCUGAUCGUGACCCCCUCGGGCUGCGGGGAACAGAACAUGAUUGGCAUGACACCCACAGUCAUUGCCGUGCACUACCUAGACCAGACAGAACAGUGGGAGAAGUUCGGCCUGGAGAAGAGGCAGGAGUCUCUGGAGCUCAUCAAGAAAGGGUACACCCAGCAGCUGGCCUACAAACAGCCCAGUUUUGCCUAUGCUGCCUUCAGGGACCGGGCACCCAGCACCUGGCUCACAGCCUAUGUGGUCAAGGUGUUCUCUCUGGCUGCCAACCUCAUUGCCAUCGACUCUCAGGUCCUUUGUGGGGCUGUUAAAUGGCUGAUUCUGGAGAAACAGAAGCCGGAUGGAGUCUUUCAGGAGGACGGACCCGUCAUUGCCCAACAAAUGAUUGGUGGACUCCAAAACACCAAGGAGGCCGAUGUGUCUCUCACAGCCUUCGUCCUCAUAGCACUGCAGGAAGCCCGAGAAAUCUGUGAGGGGCAGAUCAACAGCCUCCCCGGGAGCAUCAACAAGGCAGGGGAGUACAUCGAAGCCAGUUACCUGAACCUGCAGAGACCAUACACAGUGGCCAUCGCUGGGUAUGCCCUGGCCCUGAUGGGGAAACUGGAGGAGCCUUACCUCAGCAAGUUCCUGAACACAGCCAAAGAUCGGAACCGCUGGGAAGAGCCUGGCCAGCAGCUCUACAAUGUGGAGGCCACGUCCUAUGCCCUCCUGGCCCUGCUGCUGCUGAAAGACUUCGACUCUGUGCCUCCUGUGGUCCGCUGGCUCAAUGAGCAAAGAUACUACGGGGGCGGCUACGGCUCCACACAGGCCACCUUCAUGGUAUUCCAAGCCUUGGCCCAAUACCAAACAGACGUCCCUGACCACAAGGAGUUGAACAUGGAUGUGUCCUUCCACCUUCCCAGCCGCAGCGCCCCAACCAUGUUCCGCCUGCUCUGGGAAACUGGCAGCCUCUUACGAUCAGAAGAGACCAAGCAAAACGAGGCCUUCUCUCUGACAGCCAAAGGGAAAGGUGAAGGCACAUUGUCGGUAGUGACAGUGUAUCAUGCCAAAGCCAAAGGCAAAGCUGCCUGCAAGAAGUUCGACCUCAGGGUCACUAUAGAACCAGCCCCUGACACAGCCAAGAAGCCCGCAGAUGCCAAGAGAACCAUGACCCUUAGCAUCUGUACCAGGUACCUGGGAGAUGUGGAUGCAACCAUGUCCAUCUUGGACAUCUCCAUGAUGACUGGAUUUGUUCCAGACACAAACGACCUGGAACGGCUGAGCACGGGAGUGGACAGAUACAUCUCCAAGUACGAGAUGAACUCAGCCUUCUCCACCAAGAACACCCUCAUCAUCUACCUCGAAAAGAUCUCACACUCUGAAGAAGAAUGUCUAUCCUUCAACGUUCACCAGUUCUUCAAUGUGGGACUCAUCCAGCCCGGGUCGGUUAAGGUCUACUCCUAUUACAACCUGGAGGAAUCCUGCACCCAGUUUUACCAUAUGGAUAAGGAGGAUGGAAUGCUGAGCAAGCUCUGCCACAACGAAAUGUGCCGUUGUGCUGAGGAGAACUGCUUCAUGCAUCAGGCACAGGAGAAGGUCAGCCUGAACGACCGGCUGGAAAAGGCUUGCGAACCUGGAGUUGACUACGGUGAGUGUGGCUUCCAGUGGGUUUGUCCGACCUUGCAGAGUGAGCGACAGGUGGCGUGA